AUGGGUGGUAAGGACGGUUUGCGCCGGUCAAUCGGAUCGCCACGCCCAACGUACCUGCCAAAUCUAUUGGCUCGGCCGAUCGAGCCCCCGUGUAUUUCUUUCUUCUGCGCACCAACCACACCCAUCGAGAGUGUAAUUCGUCUCAGUCUCUCUUUUUUUAUGUAUCUCUCAAACUCUCUCUUUCUCUCAAACUCUCUCUCUCUCUCAAACUCUCUCACUCUCUCUCUCUCUCAAACUCUCUCUCUCAAACUCUCUCUCUCAAACUCUCUCUCUCAAACUCUCUCUCUCUCUCAAACUCUCUCUCUCUCAAACUCUCUCUCUCAAACUCACUCUCUCACUCUCACUCUCUCUCAAACUCUCUCUCUCAAACUCUCUCUCUCAAACUCUCUCUCUCAAACUCUCUCAAACUCUCAAACUCUCUCUCUCAAACUCUCUCUCUCAAACUCUCAAACUCUCUCUCUCAAACUCUCUCUCUCAAACCCUCUCUCUCAAACUCUCUCUCUCAAACUCUCUCUCUCAAACCCUCUCUCUCAAACUCUCUCUCUCUCUCUCUUUCUCACGCCAAUUCAUCUCGCCGUCAAGCUUGUGUACGAACAACGUGUACUGCCCCUCUGCCAGCCAUGA